AAAGAAGAGGCUGAGGUGGGUAUGGUGUUUUUGUGCAAGGAUAAGUCUUGAGUCUGUUCCCCUGAGACUAGCUUGGAGCAACUGAGACUUAAAUAGGAUCCUGGGAAAGAUGGUAUCAGUGAAAUAUCAUCUCAGUUGGUGUUCACCAUAAACCAAGCCAUGGCAUUGGACAGUGAGACCUACCAGUGGUGUGCCAGAAGCCAGAAGCUGGAUAUCCCUCUUCAGGGCCAUUAUUUCUCUGAGUCACAGGUGGUCUCCCAAUAUCCCCAGUGCCACCAGAGAGUGAACUACACAGUAAGGGGAUUGAAACGACACCCCAAGUUUGGCCACAGUAAAGGUGCUCUCAGUUCAGGCUUCCUGCAAGAAAAGGUCUGGAUGAUGCUGGUCACCAGCCUGGUGGCCCUUCAAGGUAUGUUCAGAAGAGCUUUUAGCACCCCAAGAAAUGAGGUUGCUAUACCUUUAACAUCUUGAUUACUCUCCAGGAGAAGGGUGGAAAGGAAGCCCAGAGUGGGACAGGGAAAUGCUCCUUAG